AUGAAAUCUUUUAUCUCUUUUGCAAUCAUAUUUUGUCUGCUAGUCUCUCUAACACAAGGCUAUAUCGUAUCGAUAAUAAACAACAAGAUAGACGAUAUAGUUACAACUGUUACAGCAUUCAAACCAGUUCAAGAAGGAAUAAUCAGAAUAAUCGACAAAAAAAGUGCAACUUCUCCGAAGAAUUAUUCUUUGAAUAUAACUGAAUCUAUAGAUUCAUAUCUCCUUGAAUUCGAAGCUGGUGCAUUGGGAGGUAUAAAUAUUCAAGGCCCAAUCAGUAAUGAUAAGGAUGAAUGUUGGGAGUUUUAUGGUACUGCGUAUGAUUGGUUCGUAAAUGAAUGUUAA